UGUGAAGGUCGCAUCCCAGCCGUUCGCGUGAUCCAGCAGAAGCCGACAUCACCUGUGUCUCUGACCAUUCGUGGAAGUUAAGGACUCGAGACUUCAACAAAGAGGAGCGAGAGGGAGGGGGAGCGAUCGAGAGGGAGUCUCAGCUGCUUUCGGUCCCUGCUGCUGGUUUGAUUGUUUUGAGGGUUUUGUCUCCCACUGAUAUUCCUGAAUCAAGUUUGUGGUACAUGCUUGAAGCACAGAUCAAAUGCCCUCAUUGAAAAUGAAGAACAAAUUGAGCAUGAGUUAUUUCAAAGAAAAAAAUGGUCUUCAUGUAUCUCAAAUGUCGAGUAAAAUUUCCAAAAACUCUUGCCCACAAUUCAGGAUUUCUGAACAAGCAUCAGAAUUCGACACAUUUAUUCACAAAUGCCAGGAUGUUUCUUUGAGCACACAAGCGUCCAUGAAGAACAUUGAAAGUGACGAAUCCAUUGACUCUGAAGAAUUACUGGAUGAAGAAAUACAUCAACUCCAGCAGCAGCCAACAUUUUUUGUUUGUUCUGCAAGCAUUGGGAGAACGGAAUCAACCCACAGUUCAGACCUAGGGACGAUUUUCUCUCCCACUUUGGAGCAAAGCCAUACCGAACAAAAAGCUGAUGAUGAUGCAGGGAACAUCAAAGAUCCUGACAUGCCAGGGUUGGGAGCUGAUGACAGUGAUGAUAAUAGAAGCUCAUCUGACUACCAAACUUGUGAUGUAUCAGAUUUCUACAUAUCUGACAUGAUUGUUGCUAGCUUUCCCUUCAGUGGGAAUACAUUUGAUGAUGAUAUUAAUGUGGUCAACUGCUUUCCUGAUUACAACUAUGCUGAGCAGAGUCUGUUGUUUGAUGUCUCUGAACAAUACAUGACGCUGCCUUUCCUUGAGGAUACAGUCAAAACCAGUGACAUGAAUGAUGCCCAAUCACAUGAAGAAGCCAUGAUGGUUUCAGAUUAUAGUAGCUCAUAUGUAGCAAUUGGUCAAAGGAGAUCAUGCAACUCGGAAAUUGACGUUAACACUGACUCAGACCCACAGAUGUUUAUAAAAAAUUUACCGGAACUCUCAGACGUGGCAUCGAACUUCCAGCCUACUAUACUGCCGAAGGAUACUCAGAACAGGAAACCUGUAACACUAGUACUUGACUUGGAUGAAACACUUGUCCACUCCACAUUGGAACACCGUGAUGAUGCAGACUUCACAUUCACAGUUUUCUUCGACAUGAAGGAGCACACUGUAUAUGUGAAACAGAGGCCUUAUCUCCAUACAUUCUUGGAGAGAGUUGCAGAGAUGUUUGAAGUUGUUAUUUUUACUGCAAGCCAAAGCAUCUAUGCAGAACAACUUCUUGAUAUAGUGGACCAAGAUGGAAAGCUUAUAUCUCGCAGAGUUUUCCGUGAAUCAUGCAUUUUCUCAGAUGGUGGUUACACUAAAGAUUUGACAGUUUUAGGUGUUGAUCUUGCAAAAGUUGCGAUAGUUGAUAAUUCUCCUCAGGUUUUCCGGUUGCAAGUCAAUAAUGGGAUUCCUAUAAGGAGUUGGUUUGACGAUCCAUCAGACUGCGCACUAAUUUCCUUACUUCCGUUCUUAGAGACUCUGGUUGAUGCUGAUGAUGUACGUCCAAUCAUUGCUGCGAGAUUCAGUAACAAGGAAUAAGAGCCCCUUAUAUAUCUCAAUAGCUUGAAUAUAGCAGCUCCUUCUCCCUCUCAACCAUUUGAAUGAAAAAAUUGGCUUCUAGUUUAGAUGCUCAAUACCAUUCCUCUCUGAUCUCGAGGUAAUUAGCUAUACAAUGAACUGUUGAUUGCAUAAUUAUUGGUUCAGCUCUUGGUGCUUGUCCAUUCCUUUUCUAUUCUCAGCCGACAACUCUAUGGAGUGCUUUGUCUAAUGUUUCUGAGAAGGUAGUAAGAGGAUUUCCUCUUAUAUAUUUAUAAUGUACAGUUCAAGUUGCUAUUUUAUUCAUAAGGAGGUGUAUAGAAAUUGUUAUCAUUGCAGACUGCUGCAUGCUUUCCAUCUUAUUGCUUGAUUUUGUGCUUAUAACAACUAUCCAUUUGGCAAUUUCACAUUGUUAUCUGGGAAAAUAUUAUAGAUAUGUUGAAAUUUGAACCAUAAUCGACAAAAAGAACAAAAGAGGAUUAAAGCCAGCAUAAGUGAAAACGAGAGACCAGGAUAUUUCAAUGAUUGUGUCUUCAUGAUUCAAGACCAUUAAAAUUUCUUUCCAGGCAUGUGGAAAUGGAUGUUCUACUUUCAUAUAGUUUUGUGAUGUUGUAAACGUCAAUUACUUGGAACAAGCUUUUCUUGGGUUCCUUUCCUGUGCUUCUUAAAAAAAUCUCUCAUCACACAAAAAAACAAAAAAAAAAAGAAAAAAAAAGAAAAAGAAAAAAAAAACAACAAAAAAAACAAAAAAAAAAGAAGCAAAAAACAAAACAAAAAGAAAGAGAGAGAUAAGGUUUUGGAAGCCUGCUUUGAUAUGAUUCACCCUCCUAUUUCUAGAAGUGGAUUCACUAAUUCCUAUAUUUUUCUUGUUCAACUGUUAUCCUCUCUUUUGGGUGCUCUGUGCAUGAAUUUGUAAUUCUUUGUCUCUUUAUUGUAAUAAACUCUGUUAUUUUUGGUUUCCUCUUAUAUCUUCAAAAAAAAUUGUCCAUAGCUUUCAGUCUGAAUUUCCUCCCCUUGCUAGUAUUACUCCAAUUCUCUUUAGCUUGCAGUUGGACAUGUAUGUUCAUGAAUGAUGUAAAUGCAGAGUGAUUCUGAACUGAUGAAUAUCUGGAGAGUUGGUAGGUACGGUGCACAGAGAGGGAUCUUUACAGGAAAAUUAGGCUGGUUGUGACCAGAACAUUAUAUACGCAUUGAACCUGUUUCAUCUGCAGUGAUUUUGCAGCAUAAAGAGCAAGUCAGUAAUUCAAUGUGCCAAUUCCUUAAUGAUAAUAUGCAGGACAAUAUGUAGACGAAUCAGGUCUACUCUUAGUGUUAUUAUAGGCAGAUGAAGAUGUAUUUUAUUUCAGUAAUUAAACUGAACACUUGGAGUUGAGUUGAAAAGAUCCAAGUAGGCAAUAAGUUAAACACUGCCUGCAUAUGGUGUACUUGAACCCCCAGGGGUUGGCUCAAGUGGUAAAGACCUUGGGCUUGGGGGUGUACUCCCCCCAAGUCUAAGGUUCAAAUCUCCUUGGGUGCAAACAGUCUCUAGGGGCCAUCGGACUGGGGGAUUUUCUCUUUGAAUUACACGAGGUGCACUUGCGGAAAACUCCUUGCCAAGGGCCUGUGCACCCCUGAGAUUAGUCUAGAUGCUGUUCCUGGACAGCCGGUGCCAAUAAAAAAAAAAAAAAAUGGUGUAUUUGGGUGGGAAAGUAACAUCAGAAAUUGAAGACUGAACAGAUAUUGGAGGAGCUCAAAGCUUUAUUUUUCAGUACUCUCUUCCUUUGGACAGCCUCUAUAGACUCUAGUGGGCUAACUUUUCAGGAUGUUUUCAUAUACAGAUAAGUGAUUCUAUACAUCAUGUGUACUUGGGUGUGCUUUUUAAUGAUUAUAACUUAUAAAAAGAAGUCAAACAUUGAGAGGAACCAUGUUUAUCUGAGAAGGUACUUCUUUGAGAUGCAUUAUACUCGAAGAUUUUGAAUUUAUGCCCCCCUGUUACGUUGCUGAACUGACUGACCUAGCAUUCUCAACAACUCAAUUAUCAGUGAAAAUUCUCAUGAGGCUCCCUACCAAGUUAUAAUUUUGUCAUUGGACCACGGGGAAAAUUGCUCUGUUUUGAUAAAAAAGACUUUUGAGAUUAUAUAUGGUCAAAAGGAUGAUAGAGGUAUAGUGCCAUUUUUGAAUUGAAGGAUAAUUGGGGGUAGUGCUAUAGAUACGAGGCUAUGUUCGAAUUGAUGGAUCAGGAAUCCUCUAACUGGGAGUAGCCUGUUGAAUAGGUGGAUUUUGUUGAUGGUCAAGUGAAGAGAAAAUUGGUCCAAAAUGCUCAUCAACUAAACUGGAGAUAAGGAGAGACAGAUGAUGAAUUAGGGGGUGCAUAAAUUAUCUUAUUAUCACUCCUUGCCAUGAUCUUCUGCUGAAUACUGCUGAAUCUAAUAGUGGACUAUUACACUUUCACCAUUCUGUAUACCUUUUCUGCAGGUCUUUGAAGAACACUAAUAGAAUAUCUGCUAAUGGCAAAACUAGUAGGUACGUGAAGUUUUAUUAUGAUUUAUCUUCAUCAGAUGUUUGUAGGUAUAGAAAUUUAAUGAACUAUGCAUUUUCUGACAAUUAUUAUCUGAAGCGUCAUCGAGAAAGGUACCUUUAUAAUCUCAUUGGUAGAUAUAGCUUUUGUAUAGAUUUUUCUUCUGGUAACUUCAUGCUUCUUACUAACCAAAUGCUUUAUUAUGUAAUAUGACGCAUCCAGCAAGGAGUGUUUUAUCUUCUAGAACACCUAAUAGAGGUUAAGAUAGUGGUUUGAUUGUAUGAUAAGAUACACGCUGUAUUGACUUGAUGUUGCCAUUACCUUUAUCACUCAAAUCAUGGUUUUACCCUGUUGAAAAUUUGGGAGCUAGUUGGCUUUGUAUGUAUCUGCGCUUUUAAUUGCACAGAUUUCUCUCCGUCAAGGCUGAAAAUCAUUUGUAGCAAUCAAGCUUUUACCCUGUUUAAUCUAAAAGUGGAUGAUUGCUUACCAAUCUGUAA